AGCAUGAUCCCCUUUAACUGUCGCCACCACAUAUAUAAGUGAUGCUUGGCUGAUGCUUUAGUUUUGAGACAAGGACUUUUCAAGCAAAGUCAUGGGAAUCCUACAGGACGAUGAGCUGGUUACAGACAUGCCAGGUGGAAACAAAGAGCAGGACAGCACUGUGGCACAGCAUCCUUCUGAAGAAUGCAAAAGCUCUGUUGACCAUUAUAUGAAAACUUAUAACCUUCAAUGCGACAGUGAAGACAUUUUAAAUGGUUUUAAUAAUGAUUUUGUCGACGAGGAUGACUUCCUGAAGGCAGCACUGGAGGAUAAAUUGCCAGUGAUCAAGAGUUACCUCGCCAGAGGUGCAGACCCAAAUGCCCGUGAUAGUUUCAACCGUACAGCUUUACACAGAGCUUGCUCACAAGGAAACGUGGAAAUUGUGAAAAUGCUGCUGGACGCCGGUGCUUCAAUUGAAAAUAAAGACAAGCUCCAAGCAACUGAAGUUCACUGGGCUUGUCGCGGAGGCAGCUGGCCUGUGCUGGAAGCACUACUUAAUCAUGGGGCAAAACUGGAUUGCAGAGACAAGCUUCGCAGCACACCCCUUCAUGUAGCGGUCAGGACAGGACACUAUGAAUGUGCUGAACAUCUCAUAAAAAGUGGUGCAGACAUCAAUGCAAAAGACAUAGAGGGUGACACACCACUGCAUGAUGCGGUCAGACUGAAUCGCUUCAAACUCAUCCAGCUUCUUCUGUUGCACGGAGGCGACUUAAAACUCAAGAAUUGUGAGGGAAAGUCACCAAUGGACAGUGCUUGCGAGUGGCAGAAUGGAGCUAAAACCAUCUUUGACAGCUUUAAGGAUUGUAAAAAGUAGAAGCGAUACAUAAGCACCAUUGGACCGCUUUGGGCAUAAUGUACUCAAAACCCUGCAUUUUUAGAUUACCUGCAUAUUAGAACUAAGUGACGUAUACUACUGAGCCCUGCAAGACAUUACACUUUUUUUUUUUUUAAGUAAAAGUUAUGUGAAAGUUUUGGAAAUUGAAGCACAGUACUUUAACUUUUUAUUAAAGCAUAAAUAAGGCAGAAAGUAAUGAAAAACUUAAAUAGCUCUACUGCUGAGAUGAGAAUCAGGUUUUUUUUUUUUUUUUUUGAUAUUCUAAAUGGUAAUUUAUUACAGAAUGCACUUGUGAGAUGAGCAAUUUUAUACUAGUCUAAUAAUUUAUCUGUACGUGUAUCUGUAAAAUUUGCUUGCAAUUCCUUUAAAGCUUAACUAAAUAAAUGUCAUUUU